AUGGCAUUUGGCGCACGAGGUGGUAGCCGUGGUGGCUUUGGUGAUCGUGGUGGUCGCGGCGGCGGUCGCGGCGGCCGUGGUGGUUUUGGUGACCGUGGUGGCCGUGGCGGUGCCCGCGGCGGUGGCCGAGGUGGCUUUGGUGGUGGUCGCGGUGCUCCGCGCGGUGGUGGCAUGCGAGGAGGUGGUCGUGGCGGCCGUGGUGGUCCCCGCGGCGGUGGCAAGCCUGGACAGAAGGGCGGUGCCAAGGUCAUUGUGGAGCCCCACCGUCACCCCGGUGUCUUCGUCGUCCGCGGCGGCAAGGAGGACGGUAUCGCUACGCGCAACAUGGCCCCGAGCGAGUCUGUCUACGGCGAGAAGCGAAUCCAGCACGAUGAGACCAUCCAGAACGAAGACGGCACGACAACGACCACCAAGGUCGAGUACCGCAUGUGGAACCCCUUCCGAAGCAAGCUUUGCGCUGCCAUCGCCGGUGGUGCCGACGAGAUCUACAUGCGCCCUGGCUCGCGCGUUCUCUACCUGGGUGCUGCCUCGGGCACGUCCGUCUCUCACGUCUCCGACCUGGUCGGCCCUACUGGCUACGUCUACGCCGUCGAGUUCUCCUCCCGUUCCGGCCGUGAUCUCAUCGCCAUGGCGUCGAAGCGCACGAAUGUUGUUCCCAUCGUUGAGGACGCCCGCCAGCCCGCCCGCUACCGCAUGAUCGUCCCCAUGGUCGAUGUCAUCUUCGCCGACGUUGCGCAACCCGACCAGGCCCGUAUCGUCGCCAUGAACGCCAACUGGUUCCUGAAGACUGGCGGCGGCGUGCUCAUCUCCAUCAAGGCCAACUGUAUCGACUCCACCGCUCCCCCGGCCGAGGUGUUCGCCAACGAGGUCAACAAGAUGAGGGCCGAGCACAUCAAGCCCAAGUUCCAGCUCACGCUUGAGCCUUUCGAGCGUGAUCACUGCUUGGUCGCAGGCGUGUACCAGCGUUACAGCUCGUAA